GUCACACUUGCGGACUUGCGGUUUUGGAUUUUGCGGAUUGCGGCGGAGAUGAUUAUCGAGUUCGAGUUCGUUCGUAAUUUGUAAUCGUGAAGCCAUGUUCGUCAUUGUCAUUCCAUUGUUUCCGUUCAAUAUUUUUGAGUUGAUUUCAUCGAAAAAUGAUAACUCGAUAUAAUAGGUGAUGUGUUAAUUACUGUUGAAUGAAAUUUCGCGAACCCUUCUAGAAUAACUACAAAAUAAUUUGCGGAAACCUCAGUUCUAAUCACCUACGUGAGAGACUAUUUUUACAGAUUGAUAGGACGACAGUUCUCAUUUUGAUAAUUUGAUUGCAUGAAUGAUUGGAAUUGAUAAAAUGAAAAUGUAUGAAUAAUGUUUUAAAUCAUUUCCUGGCUACUGUACUUGCGUUAUUCAACUUGGUUAUAUUAUUAAACGUCGUAGCAGUGAAUUGUCGAGUUCCACUUCAAACGUUCCUGAAAUCUUAUCAUCGACCGGUAUAUUAUCCGCAAUACUUGCUUCCAAGAUACAUUAUGGUUUACAUCAAAGAAUACCGAAUUUGUAUGCCAUUGACUGUCGAAGAAUACAAGGUCGGUCAGCUGUACAUGAUUGCUAGACAUAGUCACGAACAAUCAGAAAACGGAGAAGGUGUUGAAACAAUAUCCAAUGUACCUUGUGAAGAUGAAAAAUAUGGUAAAGGACAGUUCACAGAAAAAAGGAUUCAUUUAUCAAGCCGUCUUCCAUACUGGAUUCAGUCGUUUUGUCCGAAAAUAUUUUACGUUACAGAGAAAGCUUGGAAUUACUAUCCAUUUACGAUUACAGGUAAGUUCAACUUUUUAAUUGAAUCAUUCCAAUUCGUUGAGAUCAUUUUAACUUUUAAGUAUGUAUUUUAUCGUUUUGUUCUUUUGAUUUGCAUAUCUCGAUUCCACUCAAUUCUGGAUGUUUCAGAAUACACUUGUUCUUUUGUACCGAAGUUGAACGUGGUGAUAAAAACAAAGUUCGAAGACAAUCGUGGAGACUCUGAGAAUGCUCUUGAAUUGAAUGAAGAGCAAUUGAAACAGAGAGAAGUUGACUUCAUAGACAUUGCGUAUGAUGAAGUUAAUCCGAAACAUUAUAAGGAAGAGGAGGAUUUGCGAUAUUUUCAAUCUAAGAAAACUGGUAGAGGACCAUUACCAGAAGAAUGGCAAAAAACUGUCACUCCAAUAAUGUGUUCCUAUAAAGUCGUUGAAGCAUCUUUUGAGGUUUGGGGUAUGCAGACGAAAUGCGAAGAUUUGAUCCACAAGUCAAUUCGAGAAAUUUUGGUUUUGGGUCACCGACAAGCUUUUGCAUGGGUUGAUGAAUGGAUUACGAUGUCUUUAUCCGACGUUAGAAUUUACGAAUGUGAGAUGCAAAGGGAGACCAAUACCAAAGUCACAAGUUCUGAAACAGAGGGCAAAAAGCAAGACGAAAGUAAGAAAUCCUCCUCUCGAAAUUCUUCAUCAAGUUCUAAAACUUCGUCUCCGGCAUCUCCUAAAUCUCCUACCCUUGACAAAGCUUCCAAGUCAUGGUUCUCUUGGGAAUAAAUGGUGAUAAUUGUGAUUCUACCUUAAAUACCUAUCUCGUCUAUUCAUUAUUAUGUUUGAUGUUUGUGUUUGUUGUAGUUGAUUAGUCAUUAUUCUUAUUUUUUAUGUUAAUAACUUCAGAACUGAUGAGCUAAGAUUGAAUACUUGAAUUUUUUUGAGAAAAUGCUUUGCUUUUACAAAAAUAAUUGUUGAUAAUACAUAUUUAUUGGUGGUUUGCUGUGAAGUAAACAUCAGUUUGAAGAUCUAUUUCCUUAUAAGUAUUACAUAUUUGUAAGCGUAUAAAUGUAUGUUUUUGGUGGUUUUGUAGUUCUGAAUAAGUAUACCAAAUUUUUAUUUGCUGCAGAACAAUGUUUUAUAACGUUCAGAACGAAUUACGCAGUUCAAAACUUGAAUUUUCAAAUAUUUAGAUCUAUGUUGUAGACAAAUUCAGCAAUAGUACUCAUGUUAAGAGUACGACAGCAAAGUGAUAACUAUUAUUCGCUGUGAACAACGCUUUCUAGUCUCUGUUUAGUUGAUUUGUAUACGUUAAGCUAAUUUCAAAUGCAGGGAAAUUUAUCAUUACGUUUUGGUUUUUAUAUAAUCACACAGAAUUAUAUUUUUGUUCAUUUGUACUUAUGAAAAAAUGUCAUCUUCCUAAUAUUCAUAUCUUUCUCUAUACGCCUUUAGUCAUAUCUGAACACUAUUUAUUUUUCUCGAGUUUUUUUUGUUAUAUCAGAUAUAUGUCAUUUAUUUUUUGAAUAUUUUCACUACGAAUUAUAAUUGAAAAAAAUGGUGCAAUGCUUAUUUUUUUUAAUUUUUAUACUUUAUUUUAAUUUUUGAUCUUUACCCUUAAAAUUAUGUUCACGUACCUUAUGGCGUAUCAAAGUAUGGUACUCCUUUUCAUCAGACUUAUUUGCGAAGUUUAAAAUAAUUUUAAAUGAAAUGAAGCAUUCCAACUUUUCCGUUGUUUUGAACGUGUUUAAGAGUAGGUGCUACUACUUAUUUUGUACUUUCUAUAUAAUUAUGAUAAAUGCGGUUGUAUUGCUGUCAACGGUACGUUUAAACCUAAUAAAGUGUUCUAUUUUUC